AUGAACACAAAUUACAUUUUAAUUAAAAUAGAAAAGACUUAAAAUUCCAUAUUCAUGGCCACUCAUCACAUAUGCAAAUUCAGACUAACCAAAACUAUUCACAAAGACCAAAUCAAAUCACUUAAACAAUAACUCCUUGAUAAAACCCCACAAGAGUCCUAAUCGAACAAUUCACAAUAUGUGCUAACUAAUCUCACUCACCAAUUCCAAAAACUCAAUUCUCAAAAUCUUAAUACUAAUUCCAUCUUUGACGAAAUCAAACAACAAAAACCACUCAAGUACAAUAAACACGCAACACUAACUUCACAAAACUUUGAUUAAUCAUUAACUACAAUUCUUCGAAAGUUACAAUAAUCGAUUCCUAAGCAAAAUGAAAUAAAAAAUAAGACUUAGAAUUAUAGAAAAGAAGUCUAACCCAUAAACAAUACUAUUUAAACCAAUGAAGGAACAAUUAAAGUGGAUUACUAAUUUUGA